AAAUAUAUAUAACCAUGUGAUAAUGGUGAACAACCGUUUCGUUUUUGUUUUUGUGAAAUGCAAGCCAAGUAUCUAUAUCCAGCAUAAACUCUUUGCUCUUCAGCAUCUAUCAAUUAUUCCGAUUAUUCUUUGCUCGUGGAAAAUACCGGUCUGCUGUUGCUUUUCGUGUUCUCGUAUUAUUAAUGAGUGGGUGUGUAAAACAAGUGCUUGUCUAUGUAAUAAACUGCAAUGAAGUUGUUGGUAAUACUAUGAAAACAAUAAUAAUGGGAGAUUUACGUUGUAAAUGAUAUAUUACCAACUGUCAUCGAAUGUGUGCCGUUUAUAAAGCUUUUUUCGCUCAUUCAUGUAUUAUUGAGUGUUUACUUUAAAAGAUUUGGAUUUCUCCAGGAAGAAGAUAAUUUAUCUAAGGUUCCACUAUGGCCGCAGAAAUUGAUUUGGAAAAUCAUCCUUUCAUUGUGCCCAAAAGAGCAGUAUUAACUAUUGAGGAUAUGCAUGUUUGGGAGAAAUCUGAAGCAUAUGCAGAUUACUUGGGGUUCAUCAUGACUCUCAAUGAUGCUGUGAAAGGAAUCUCAACUGCAACAAAAUGUUCUGAAUCUGAAGUAACGAAAGGAAUGGUGCUUCUGCUUGACAAAUUGGAUCAGUGGAUAGAUGAAACUCCUCCAGUAGAACAGCCACAAAGAUUUGGUAACCAAGCAUUCAGACAGUGGUACUCAAAACUCAAGCAGGUUAAGAAAGUUGCCCAUAAUGAGAUCUCUCAUCCACGGAUUGAACCCAAAUCUUUUCUAGAUAAUAGUGUUGUUCAGCAGUAUGCUGGCCAAUACAUGUUUAUAGCAUGUAUUGAAUUUAUUAACAAGGUUAAAACUGGAGUCUUUGCGGAACAUUCAAACCAAUUGUGGAACAUAAGCGGAGUGGCAACAUGGACAAAAAUCAAUUCAGGUCUAAUUAAAAUGUACAAAGCAGAGGUAUUAGGAAAGUUUCCAGUCAUUCAGCAUGUUCUGUUUGGCUCUCUGAUGACCUUUACAGCUACGAAACGUCCUCUUGGUGGUUUGCGCUCGUUUCGAAUGGAUGUGACUGAACGUCCCCCUGAAACUCCCGCCACUCCUCCUGACUGAGCACCUUGACGAACUCUUAUUGGAGAGUAGUGUCCCUUCACUGGCAUUGCACUUAAUUUCUUGUGCAGUAUUCCAAAGCUUGCUGUGUAUUGUCUUUAGCAAUUUUAUUGUCAGUAAUCUUUUUAGAAUCUUUAUAAUGUAACAAAAUGUGCAUUUGCUUCCCACCAAAAUCAAGAAUUAACUUACAAGAAUAAUAAGACUUUGUUAAAACAUGAUAUGUGAAUUUUUAUUUUCAUUCUGAAAUUGUGUUAUAAAAAAUCGUAAUGCUAUACAAUUUUCUUUUUUUCUUUUUCUCCUUACAUUUUGAACAGAAAUAUGCAUAUGUGUAAUUGUUAAAGUUGCUGACCAAUUUGUUGUUUGUAGCUAGGAAUGUUAUUAGAUAAUUUAAUUUAGUCAUAAUUGUGUAGUGGGAAUGUGCCAAAAUUUGUGAUUAAGGAAUUUCUAAGUUCUUUUUUUUAAACAUUGUGCCUGGUCUUGCAAGCUGGCCUUCCUUGCUGAAAAUAAUUUUUGAUGCGAUACAGCUCAGUAUUUUUAAUGCAAAUUGUAUUUUAUCACAUGGUAGUAGAUUUCCCUGCAUAAUUCUAUUUAUUCCUUUGAUGUGAAAGAUUGGAGAAUUUGUUUUUCAUAAUUGUUAUAUGAAUAUUUCAAAGUUAGAUGAUGAUUGUUUUGUAAAACAUGCAGGUGAUCUUCCAGUUGAAAUGUGCUAUUAAACGAUACGUGGUGUGUCAUUGUGCAUUUAUUAAAUAACAUAACAUAUCUGUCAUUCAAUUUCCUAAAAUAAAGGGAGGGUAAAAAAUAUCAUCAGUGGUUCACUUACUGUACUCGUUUUGUAGAUUAGUUAAGGUUUUGUUUCUAACACCACCAAAUUUUAUGCGGUAGUGGUAAAUGGUGGAGCAAACCUAAAAAGUGAGACUUACACUUGAAUUGGACACAAAUUGAAAUCAACUGAAAAGAUUAAUUACUGCAGUGCGAAGAGUUGACUUACCAAAAUGUUUGGUUUAGUUCUGAACUUAAUGAAGAAACAAACAAUAGGAAUAUUAGUGAAGUAGAAUAAAUUAAUCACAUAAAAUGUAGGAAAAUAAAAUGUUUCAGGUAACUUCAAUGUAAUCACAGGAACCCCAAUAUCUUCAACAUGAUUUUACAGUAGUUCAUAAAUUGCUGGU